AAGAAAUAAAAAGGAAAAAGGAGUCGCUGCGGCGAAAGUGAGGCGGGCGAGGGCGAGGGCGAGAUCGUGAAGCCGUCCCUUCUCAGUCGCGACCGGGUUGAGAGAGAGAGAGAGAGAGAGAGAGAGCGAGAGAGAGGAAAAGAAAAGCCAGGUUCCUUCCUCCUCUCCUUCCCCUUCCCAUCUCCCACUCCCCUCUCCUCCCCGCCGUCCUCAAUCUUUCGCCAUGGAGUCCCCCGAGCUGCACGGUGAUUCCUUUCCAGACAACGCCCCCCGCCGAUCCGAGAACCUCAGAUCCCCAAAUCUAGAUGAAAUCGAGAAACAGACACACAUAAGGUUUCUUAUAUCAAACUCGGCUGCUGGUUGUAUCAUUGGGAAGGGUGGAUCAACAAUUUCUGAAUUCCAGUCACAAUCUGGAGCGCGUAUUCAGCUAUCACGUAAUCAUGAAGUCUUUCCAGGAACAUCGGAUAGAAUAGUAUUGAUUUCUGGGACUUUUCAUGAUGUUAUGAAGGCAAUGGAUCUGAUCCUGGAAAAGUUGUUAAAUGAGGUGGAAGAAAGUAAUGAUGUCGAAGGUAGACCAAAAGUCAGGCUUAUUAUUCCUAAUAGCUCAUGCGGUGCCAUAAUUGGAAAAGGAGGAUCAACUAUAAAGUCUUUUAUAGAAGACUCACGGGCUGGAAUUAAAAUAUCACCUCAGGAUACUAAUGCUGGCCUAAAUGAUAGGCUGGUUACCUUGACAGGAUCUUUUGAAGAACAAAUGCGUGCUAUCUAUCUUAUAUUGGCAAAAUUAAUAGAAGAUGCUCAUUAUCCACAAACAUUAAACUCAGCUUUUACAUAUUCAGGUGCUAAUUAUCCUGGUGUUCCUGUUGGCUAUAUGAUUCCUUCUGUAGCAUAUGGCCCUGUGAGUUAUGGACCCAAUGGAGUUGGAGGAAAAUAUCCAAUUAACAAGGGUGUGGCAUCACCUGUUAUUCCAUCACGGUCACCUGGUGGGCCUCAUGAAGGCCAGAGUAAUUCAGUGACAAUUGGCAUUGCAGAUGAGCAUAUUGGGGCGGUCGUUGGUCGUGGGGGAAGGAACAUAACAGAGAUAAGUCAGGUUAGUGGAGCUAGGAUCAAGAUAUCGGAUAGAGGUGAUUUCGUUUCGGGCACAUCAGAUAGGAAAGUAACAAUAACUGGAUCACCAGAAGCAAUUCGUGCUGCUGAGGCAAUGAUUAUGCAAAAAGUUUCAUCUAAUUCUGAGAGAUGAUAAAAGCCUGUUGGUUGGUUAAUUUUGCUGCAGAACCCAUAUGGUUUACUCAAGCUGCUUUGUGGGGAAACCCUUAAUUAAUCACGAGGCUGGAUAUUCUUUCAUACCAGUAACAGGUACUCACACUGCAAGAUCUGUAUUUUGUGAUACAAAUUGGAAAGGAUGGUGUCGUUUUCUAUAGCUUGGAUAAGUUAUGACAUUUUUUUUUAGGAAUUGCCUUAGUGGAGACUAGUUUUGUUGGAAUCUCUUCGGUAUUUGGAGUCUUCAAUCAACUAAAUAUUAAGACUUCUAAGGGAAUUUUGCUUUUGUUGGUGUAGUCAA